AUGGCACUGGGGACAGGGGGCUGGGGCCUCUGGCUGCUCCCUGUGGUCACCAUCCUGACGCUGCUCAUGAGGCCCCCCGACUCCUGGGGGGCCCACAUCAUUGGGGGCCAUGAGGUGACCCCCCACUCCUGGCCCUACAUGGCAUCUGUGAGCUUCGAGGGCCAGCACCACUGCGGGGGCUUCCUGCUGCGAGCCCGCUGGGUGGUCUCUGCCGCCCACUGCUUCAGCAACAGAGACCCCCGCACGGGCCUGGUGGUGCUGGGGGCUCACACCCUGCAUACCUCAGAGCCCACGCGACAGGUGUUUAGCAUCGCGGCUCUCGUCACACACCCCGACUACCGGCCCAUGACCCACGCCAAUGACAUCUGUCUGCUGCGGCUGAAUGGCUCUGCUGUCCUGGGUCCUGCCGUGGGGCUGCUGAGGCUUCCUCGGAGAAAUGCUAGGCCACCGAUGGCCGGGGCUCGGUGCCAGGUGGCUGGCUGGGGCUUCAUGUCCAACUUUGAGGACCUGCCACCUGGGCUGAUGGAGGCUGAGGUCCGAGUGCUGGGCCUGGACACCUGCAACAGCUCCUGGAGGGGCCAGCUGAGCCCUGCCAUGCUCUGCACCCACAGUGGCGACCGCUGGAGGCAUGGCUUCUGCUCGGGGGACUCCGGGGGGCCCUUGGUGUGCAGGAGCAGGGCCCAUGGCCUUGUCUCCUUCUCUGGCCUCUGGUGUGGUGACCCCAAGACUCCCGAUGUGUACACACAGGUAUCUGCCUUUGUGGCCUGGAUCUGGGACGUGGUUCGGCGGGGCAGCCCAUAG